AUGGACACCUUAUACAACCAAUCGAGCGAUGCACUCAGCACAUUGGGCGAUGUAUGGGACAAGAUCCUUGCGGUAGUGCAAUCAGUGUCUGAAGCUGCUAGCGAGUCAUUACGGAGCGAACCCAAUCUUGUUCAGCUGCAAAAGGAUCGAAGGGAACUGGAUGCACUGUUUGACACUCUUAAGAAGCAAGUUGCUUGGAUCCAAGAGAAUAAGAGCGCUCUCAAUACUAUUCAAGAUACCCCGGAUAAUGAAAUAGAACAAGAGUUAAAGGAACAAAAGGAGCUACGAGAGACAUCCGAUCGAUUAUCCGACCAGAUCAAGCGUUUAUUAAGUCAAUCUUAUGCCUUACAAUUCCAAACCGACAUGUUACUUGCUUCUAGUCAUGAUCAUUCGCUUAAGGAUAUAUAA